AUGCUGCAGGCCAUGGCUGAGGUCGCUGUCGAAGAAGCCGCAGAAGCUGCAAAUGCUGCCAACACUAGAGCUUCAGUCCCGGUUGACAACGCCCUUCCCCAAGAUCCCCUAGCUCUCAAAUCGACAGAGCCACUCGUUCCUCCUGCUCCUCUGGCCGACAUUCCCCA